GUGAGUUUCGUACACACAAACCCAAGAUGUAUCAUUAAAUUAAUAAUUAAAAUGGCUGAAGAUACAUCAUUUAACAGUCUUUCGUUUUGAUUUCGCGUUUAGUUCGUAACUUGUUUAAAUAAAAACCAUUUCUUGUCGUAUAUUUUUUUUAUCUAUUUGUUUGUUUGUGUUUUUUUUUUAAUUUUAUUUCAACUCAAGUGAAAAAGAGAGAGAUAAAAAAGGGAAAUUUAUCGAAAUUGGUUAUGCGAGUGAACACUUGAAAUUCCAGUGAAUACGAUAAAAAAAAAUCAACAAAUUCGUGAAAAGUGUCUCAAAAUCAAACACCAAAUUCACGAAACCAACAAAAAAAAACACACACACACAAAUUUACAACAAUCCGAUAUAUUGAUACGGAGCUUAAGCACACAAAACGAUUAAAACGUGAGUUUCAACACGACAAAAAAAUAGAGUGAAAAAGUGUCGCCAACAACAGAAAAAUCGCCUGUGUAUAACACACAGAGAAAAAGAGACAGCCAAACGUUCCUAUAAUAAUACAUAAUUGAAACAACAACAACUUCCCGUGAAAAACAAUCAGCAACACCAAACAAGUACACAGCAAAGCAAAACGUUCUGAAAGCAGAAGAAGAAGAAAAAAAGAGUGAAUAAGAAUUAUAUUUGAAUGGGAAAACAGCCAUUUGAUUGUUGCUUUGUGUCAAAAAAUUCAAAGCGAAGCAGAAUAAUAAGUUCGGUCGCUUCGACAUAUAUAUAUAUAUCAAAAGAAAAGUGUUUUACGAAAAAAAAGUGGUGUAUCGUCGUCAUCGUCGUUAGUUUUGGUUGUUUUGUAUCGUGAGCAGGUUGCGCAAAAGUGGAACAACAACCGAAAACAAAGUUUCAUCAAAAUACAACAAAAAAGGCAGUUUUAAACAAGUGGCAACAAGUGUGAACGGUUUCAACAGAAAUUAGAUGUGCCGUGUGUGUUUUUAUUUGCCUCUUGGUCGUUGUUAAUUUCAUAUGAAUAAAUAAAUCAAUGAUCAUCAUGAAUGGUGCCGUAGUUAAAUAAAUUUAAACGUUUAAAAAAAACCGAAUUCGAAAAGAAUUUACCGAAUUAUAAACAGGAUAAGAGGCACAAUAUCAAUGAAUAGAGGAAACAAAUAAACAGAACAAAAUCACAUUUGUAAUAUACGACAACCACAAGUAUACCACACAAAUCUAAAACAAAAGAAAAUUUGAUUAUAAUCAAGUUGUGCUCAUUUCGGUGAGGAGGGCAAAAAAUGUCCGUUUGGAGUUGGAUACGAGUUGAUAAUCGAUGCAACAGACUUCAAAAUAAUGCAAUCCACGACCGAUUUGGCUUCCAGCGGCAAUUGCUCUCGCUACAUUCUACAGGUUUAUGUUGGUCAAUUGUCAUUGCACUAUGAAGCGCUUAGCGUUGAAGCUUCCAAACAAACGACCGCCGAAGAAAUUGUAGCAUGCAUUGUGGAACGUCUUAAUUUAACGGGAACGAAUUAUGAAUUGGCCGAAGUGGCUGGUGAAAGUAAAGAGCGACGCUUAUCACCUGAUGAAAAACCGGUUUCAGUAAUGUUGCUAUGGCCCCUUCACUCCGAAAGAGAUUUUCACAGAUUUUAUUUGCGAGAAUCACAGGGUGAAGCGCCAUGGCUGGACAAUUACGGACUUGAUUUACACAUUUUUCGAGAUUUCAUACCGUUCUUGUUUCAACCGGAGAAUCGUGAAUAUCCAGAUUUGUGCCAAUUACUCGACCUAAAUGAGUCAACACUUUUGGAAAAUCUUCGGCAACGUUUUGUUGCCGGCCACAUAUACACAUACGUCGGUAGUAUUUUGAUUGCGGUCAAUCCAUUCAAAUUCUAUCCCAUUUACAAUCCAAAAUAUGUGAGACUUUAUCAAAAUCAACGUGUUGGACCAAUUUUACCACCACACAUAUUCGCAAUUGCAGAUAAUGCAUACUACUGUAUGUUAAGAGAAAAACGUAAUCAGUGUGUAGUCAUCAGUGGUGAGUCUGGUUCUGGUAAAACGGAGAGUACAAACUUUCUGUUGCAUCAUUUGACGGCAUUGUCACAAAAGGGUUCACAUGGAUCGGGUGUUGAGCAAACAAUUCUCAGCGCUGGUCCAGUUUUGGAAGCGUUUGGCAAUGCAAAAACGGCACAUAACAACAAUUCUAGUCGAUUUGGUAAAUUCAUUCAGGUGAAAUACAAGGAAAAUGGAAUGGUUCAAGGCGCCAUCGUACAAAAAUAUUUACUUGAAAAGAGUCGAAUCGUAUCACAAGGACCAUUAGAACGAAAUUAUCAUGUGUUUUACUAUUUACUAUCUGGCGCAACGCCACAUGAACGUGAGCUUCUACAUUUACUUCCUGCCGAUAAAUAUUGUUAUUUAAAUUCAAAAAAUCUUCAAUUGGAGAAUUGCGAUGAAACGUAUGAAUUUUCGCGGUUAAAACAAAGUAUGGAAAUGGUGGGUUUUUCAGCCGAAAAACAGAGACGCCUAUUCAAUGUAUUGUCGGCUGUACUACUGCUGGGCAAUGUCGAAUUCUUUCCAAAAAAAUCCACUUAUCAUCAUGAUGAGAGUGUUCAGGUGCGAAACAUCGAUGUGGUCGGUCUAAUAUCCGAAUUGCUUAAAGUAAAACAGGAUACAUUGUUGGCGGCGCUCACAUCGAAACGUGUUAAGGCCAGCGGCGAAACAUUAAUUAUGCAAUACAAAUUACCAGAAGCAAUAGCAGCACGUGAUGCACUUGCAAAAUGCCUAUACGGUGCUCUAUUCGAUUGGAUUGUAUUACAAGUGAAUCAUGCACUUUUGAAUAAAGACCAACUGCCUCAUACAGGCCAUUCAAUUGGCGUACUCGAUAUAUUCGGUUUCGAAGACUUUGAUUCGCAAAACAGUUUUGAGCAAUUGUGCAUUAACUAUGCCAACGAGCAUCUACAGUAUUAUUUCAUAUUACAUGUUUUCAAGUACGAACAAAACGAAUAUAAAAAGGAGGGCAUUAAAUGGCGAGACAUUGAGUUCAUGGACAAUUCAGGUUGUUUGCAACUAUUUGAAUCAAAACCAACGGGCCUUUUAUGUAUUUUAGAUGAUUUAUGCAAUUUUCCGGGAGCCACAAAUGAAACGCUUUUACAAAAGUUCAAUAGUGUACAUCGCGAUAAUAAGUUUUACGAGAAACCGCAAAAAAAGGAAAAUGCAUUCAUUAUCCGACAUUAUGCAGGGAAAGUAAAAUAUCAGGUUACUGAAAUGCGGGAGAAAAACUUAGAUUUAAUGCGACAAGACAUAGUUAGUGUAUUGAAAAAUUCGAGUAUGGCAUUCGUGCGUGAAUUGGUGGGCGCCGAUCCGGUUGCUGUAUUUCGAUGGGCAAUACUUCGGGCAUUUUUCCGAGGUUAUUUUGCAUUUCGUCAUGCUGGUAUGAAACAUCGUAAAGAACGAAAUAGUCAGUCGAUUAAAUCGAAUCGCAUAAGCCGAUUCCGAAGUCCCAACGAAUCAAUACUAAGUCAUCUGAUUACCGUUUCAUCGGUGAAUCUAACAAUCUACCGAAUAGCGAAAAAUAAAUCAUUUCGACCACGUGAAAGACCCAAAAAAGGAUUGAAAAAUCUACAAACUGUUAAAACUCUAACAGCUGGACAAAAUCAAUUGAAUUCAACCACAAUAAAAACACGCAAGCAGCCACUUACCGUCACCGCACAAUUCCAGAAUUCAUUAACCGCAUUGAUGGACACUCUGAAUCAGGCGAAUCCAUUUUUCAUUCGAUGCAUAAAAUCAAAUUCGGAAAAAAUUCCAAAUAAAUUCGACGAUGCGACUGUUGUACGACAGUUACGCUACACCGGAAUGCUGGAAACUGUGCGAAUUCGUCGGGCUGGUUACAAUGUCCGGUUGACGUAUGAAGAAUUCAUUCAGUUAUAUCGUAUUUUAUUGCCAAAAGGUCUAGUCAGCUCGCAACGAGAUGUGCGCACUUUUAUGGAUAAAAUGAACCUCAAUAAGCAACAUUAUCAAUUAGGAACCACAAAGAUCUAUAUGCGUGAAUCUCAGAAAAUGUCCUUGGAUUAUAAGCUGCACACAAAGAUCAUUGAAAGUAUAGUGUCGAUUCAGCGAUGGUUCAAAACGAAAAUUCAACGUGAGAAAUUUACAUCGUUUCGUACGGCUGCCAUUAAAAUUCAAUCAUUUUGGCGAAUGCGUAUGGCACAAAAUAAACUUUAUCAAUUGAAAUUGCGAACGAAUGCUGCCAUCGCAAUUCAAUCAAUGUUCCGAAUGUAUCGAGAGCGAAAAAUGUAUAAGAAACUUUUAAAUGGUUUGGUAGCAUUGCAGGCACACAUUCGUGGCCGUGCAGCACGUAUACGCUUCAAACGAUCCCAUCGACAAAAAGUGAUGAAGGAACGAUAUAAAUUACGACCAACACAAAGUUUGCCAUUGCACGAUCGAACGGCCGAUGGUGAGGCGAUCGAUGUUGAAAUCAGUAAAUCAUAUCCAAAAUUGGUUCAGUACAGUUUGGAUUUGAUUGGUGAAAAUGUGAGCGGUAUUGAUGCCACCAAAAGUCAAGCAUCGUCAUCAUCAUCAUCAAUCACAUCCACGACUGCUGCUGCUGAUCAUGACGUUAGCGUACUGAAUAAAGCAGAGCAUCAAUUUAGAUCGUUAAUGAUUUCAACAAAGGGUAGCGGUGUGAGCGAUCAUUCAAUAAGUGAUAACAAACGGUUUGGCAUCGAAAGUGUGGAUAGCCGCAGUCCAAGGUCAUACAAUGUCGACACAGCGACAAAGCAAUAUUUUGACGAUUCCUUUAUGGUUAAAAAAUGGGAAAUCUCAAAGUCCCCUGUUCGUUUAAUUGAAAGUAGUUAUAGUAGUCCAAAAAGACAACCGGUUUCAAAUUCGAGCCUGAAAUCGGAUCCACGUGAAAUGUUAACUUAUAAUGUAAGUAGUACGAGUAUAACGAAGAAGCAGCCAAUGACAGGCUAUCCGGAAAGCACAUAUACAGUUUUGAGUAGCAAAGAUAAGCCAAGUGCAAUAGCAACAACAACAACAACAGCUACGACCUCUGUUGCUACAACAACAGUAUCGGCAAAUAGCUUAACAUCGUCGCUGAUGAUGUUAACAACGAUGAGUAAAAAUCAAACUCAUCGUCGUGAAUUGAACACUGGUUUGUCGUAUGAUGAAACGAAAAUGGCUAGAUACCAUGGGCCGACGGAUCUGAGUCCACAACAUGAGAUGUAUGCAAAUAGUUCAAUAAUCAAUAGCAAUAGUAAUAAACAACAACAACAACCAACACCACCGGACAAUAUGCAUUUAAUGUCACAAAAUAAUACUCAAACAAAAUUGAAUAGCACACCGUUUAAGCAUCUAGUCCCAUCAAAUAAUGAAGAGGUAUGCACGCCACGCGGAAAAGCGGCCGCACUUCUUGGAACAAAUGAUUUAUCAGCAACAGGAACAACCAUGGUGGCAGCAACAACAACAACGACCACCAAAUAUAAGCUAUCAGAUAGCGGUGUACCUCACCAUCAUACGCCAACAAGAGUCAGCCCAUUUUUACAGCAUUCCAAAUCACGGCGCAACUCAGAUCCCAGCUCGAAUAAAAUGUCAUUGCUUGAAGCUAAUCGCGGCAAUGACAUGUAUCAAUCGAGCACACACAUAAAUAUUGCCGGUCAUCGUUUUCAUAAAGCAACGAAAAUUGGAAAGAAUGAAAAAUGUGCCAGUUGCCAGGAGAAUGAUGCAUUCAUCAAUGAAGGUCAUCGGUGUUUGGAUUGUCGUUUACUUGUGCACACAAAAUGCAUUCAAAAUGGUGGCGUUAAAACGUUACAAUGUGAAAAAUCAUCGAAACGACAACCGCGCAAAAAUUCCGAUAAAAUCUCAUCGAAAUACAGUGGAACACGUGAAUACACCGAUUCGGCUGACAAAAUUAUAAGCGAUGCCAAGGAAUUGCAAUUAAUGCAAGAUUUUAUCGCACAAAAAAUUUACAAAAUGGAUGCCGAUUGUGAUAAAACUGCUGCCGUUGAUCGAGUUUUCAAGCAGGCAUUACGCGAAUUUAAAGACAAUUUAGUGGCACAAUAUAGUAUUGCACAUAAACAAAAGUCGGAUACGCUUAAUAUAAAAUACCGUGAUCUGAUUUCGAAUUUUGAACAAGUCAUGGAAACAUGCGGCAAUAAAUCAGAAGAUUUUCCGCUGACAAUGUGCGUCAACGGUUUUCGUGUGUUUAUGAACGAAUUUAUGAAUUCACGCGAAAUGGAAAAACCAAAAGCCAAACGGAAAAAGGAAAAGAAACGAAAAGUUGACGAACAUACCAAUUACAAUGGUCAUAUAUUCCAAUUAACAAUAAUUAACAUACCGACGGCUUGUGAAAUAUGCCAGUUGUUUUUACUUUGGCCAAUUGAACGUGGUUUGGUGUGCCAAAAUUGUCGACUUACAUGUCACAAAAAAUGCUAUUUAAAAACGCAACCAUGCAACAAAAACCAAAAUCAAUCAAACGAUAACGCAAGAUACAUGCCGGUAUCAACGUCUGGAUUGUUUGCGGUUCCAUUGACCAGUCUCAGUUUAUGUUGUAUGGAGGAUAAUACGGUUAAGAUACCCGUGAAAAUCGAACAAUUAAUUAUGAAAAUUGAAAUGCAUGGUCUGUACACGGAAGGUUUGUAUCGUAAGAGUGGCGUCAAUUCAAAAAUCAAAGAGCUUAAAGUAAAAAUGGCCGAGGCCAAAGGUGAAAUCGACUAUGAAUUGUACAAUGUUCAUGUGUUGGCCAAUGUAUUGAAAUCAUUUUUACGUGAAAUGCCCGAGCCACUGUUAACAUUUGAUCGAUAUGAUGAUUUCUUGCGCGCUUCCGAAUUAUCCGAAACAACCGAUCGGGUUUCAACGAUGAUGUCACUCAUCAAAAAAUUACCGGCAGCCCAUCAUGCACUAUUAGAACGAUUAAUAUUCCAUUUGGCAUUGGUCGCACAACGUGAACAAUUCAAUCGAAUGUCAGCCAGUUCGUUGGCCAUUGUCUUUGCACCGUGUGUAUUGCGUACAAAUCGUAUAGUUCCAGCCCAAGAUAGUUUGAAUGACAUUGGACGCCAAACAAAAUGCAUUGAAACAUUGAUCACCCAAAAAAUGUUCAACGUUCGAUGUACAUUAAAUGAUAUUCACAGUUUGGAUAAUGCUGCGCAUACGGCUACCGCACGAUUGAGUAACUUAAGAAGUUCAAAAGUUUUUACUCCCGAAGAAAUCUUCCCGCGUCCGCAGAGCAUCGAAUCUGAGAGUGAAGAAAAAUUGCUCGAAGAUCAUAUUCAAGAAAUCGAAAUGGAAAAGGCAAUAUUAACAUCAACGCUACCAAGUUUGGCACGGGCCAGUUCGGACGAUGACUUUUUAUCGACGGAUAUGGAUGGUGAAGGCGGAAGUCUGGACGAUUUAACAAGCAGCCGAUUGGAUGAGACUACAAAAGAAAGUAUUGAUUCAUCGUUUGGCAGUAUUAGCGAACAGCAAUUUAGUCCGAUGAAUGAACAUGAAUCGAUCAACAAAGAUUCAAACAGUGGCAUGGAUUUGGAAUCACCGGUUGCAUAUUAUAAUUUACGUGAACAAAAUAUCGAUUAUUUGCCACCGUCGAAUGUUCCAAUUCGGCAAAUGUUUCAGUUUAGUGGCAUACGAAAUAUGGGCGAAAGUGCACCAUCAACAUCGACAAGUGUGGACUUUCAAUCGCCACCACAAAUUCAUGCAAAACUUGUUGAUAGUCAAAAGAGCAGUUCGGCAUCUAUUGAUUCAUCAAAUCUUGGUGAAUUUCAACACAUUCAACUGAACGCAAUGCCACGGCAACAAUCAAAUUUUGAAGCAACAUUUCUUAAUCAACCGGAUGACGAUAACGCACGAACAAAAAAACAAAAGCCAACUAAACGUCGUACCAUUGACGACAAGCCAAUUAUGGUGUGAACAUACUUAUACACAUACACACACCCACACCCAAACACACACAUAUAUAAACAUUGAAAUCAAAUUGUAACAAAAUAGCACAUUUAAGAGAAACAUUUAAUAAAUGAGAGAGAACCCAUACAUUUAGAAUGCUAUUUACAACACAACAAACAAAUUGAGAAGAAAACAUUUAUAUUUAUAAAAUUCAUAGUGCAAAUGUGAAACAACAGAGAAUUUAUUGACAACCAACCACAACACAACUAAUGGAAUUAUUAAAAGUUCAGUUUAUUGAGUAUCACAAAUAUCACAAAUCACUAUUUUCAUGUAAAAAAAAGUCCAGAAAAAAGCCAACAAAAAAAUAAUAAUAAUAAUAAAUAUGCGCACUUUGAGAAAAUAUUAUUUUUUUAAA